AUGAAAAUGAAAAAGUCGACUUCUCCGAGUGCGACUCGAUCGCCUCUGCCUCCUCCUCUUCCACAACGAGAAGCGGCGUCUUGCUGUGCGACUGCAUUCCGAGCGAUACGUUCAGGACAUGUGGAAUGCUUGAAAGGAAUGAACAAUGAGCAGUUGCAAGAACGAGAUCAAUACCAUCAAACACCAUUACAUAUCGCUGCCAAACUUGGAAACUUGGAAGCAAUCGAAAAAGCCUAUUGCAGCAUUCUCAUGAAACGUGUACCGCAAACAGCCGAUGUGAUAUCAGUGUGCGGCGAGAAUGCUUCGUUGUUGGCCGCAGGUGAGGGACAAUCGAAAUGCGUUGAGUACUUGCUUAGUGACAGCAUGAAGAGGGCAAUGAAACGCGCCAUGCAACGUGACAUCAACGGAACGAGUGUGCUGAUGGCUGCGGUCGCCAGACAAGACAACGACAUGGCCCUGUGGCUAUUACGAACAUUCGGCAAGCCUUUAGCAAUGCUGCAAAACAAUUGCCGUAUGUUACCGUUACAUGUGGCCGCUUCUACAGGUAAUAUUGAGUUCAUCCGAAUCGCAACCAAAUAUGACAGUGAAAUGGCCAACUAUCGAGACUUAUUUGGUUGUACGCCUGCAUUGUACGCUGUGCAAGGUGGUUAUUUGACGUGUUUGCGAUAUCUAAUUGAGAAGGCUCGAUCAAACAUCAGUGCUGUAUCGGAUAAAGGUCAAUCGCUGUUGCACGUGGCAUGUCUCAGUGGUAAUGCUCACAUUGUCAGAUGGCUCAUGCAACGUUCUGUGCCCAAUGCGAUCCUAUGGCCAACCAAGGAUGGCGCUAAUGCUGUGCAUUGUGCUGCGUAUAGUGGAAGCGUUGUAUCGUUGAGCAUUCUACUUGAAUCGCUGCACAGAAAGAAGCGCAGAGUGCUGCUGGCAAUCCGCGAUAUUCGAGGCAAUACACCACUCCAUUUGGCAGCCAUCAAUAAU